AUGUCUGCCACUUUAGAUGCAGUGAAAUUUCAAAAUUAUUUCAACAGUGCUCCGUUGUUGGCCAUUCCAGGACGUACGUACCCGGUCGAAAUAUACUAUACUCCUGAAUUUCAGCGCGAUUAUUUAGAUGCCGCUAUACGAACUGUGUUACAAAUUCAUGCCACCGAGAAAGAAGGUGAUAUUCUUUUAUUUCUUACGGGUGAGGAUGAGAUUGAACAGGCUUGUGACAAAAUACAGCUAGAGGCUGACCAACUUAUCCGUGAAGAAGGGUGCGGCCCACUGAAAGUAUAUCCAUUGUAUGGUUCAUUACCUCCAUAUCAACAGCAAAAAAUUUUUGAGCCGGCACCAAAACCGUUCAAAUCAAAUGGAAGACCUGGACGAAAGGUGAUUGUCUCUACGAACAUUGCAGAGACAUCGUUGACUAUUGAUGGUAUUGUAUACGUUGUGGAUCCUGGUUUUAGCAAGCAAAAGGUCUAUAAUCCUCGUAUUAGAGUGGAAUCACUUUUAGUCUCUCCUAUUUCGAAGGCAUCCGCACAACAAAGAGCUGGAAGAGCUGGUCGUACUAGACCGGGUAAAUGCUUUAGAUUAUAUACGGAAGAAGCAUUUAAGAAGGAGUUAGUGGAACAGACAUAUCCGGAAGUCUUGCGCUCCAAUUUAUCAUCAACUGUUUUAGAAUUGAAAAAGUUAGGAAUUGACGAUUUGGUUCAUUUUGACUUCAUGGAUCCUCCAGCCCCAGAAACCAUGAUGAGAGCUUUAGAAGAGUUGAAUUAUCUUGAAUGCUUGGAUGAUGAGGGAAAUUUGACUCCACUUGGUCGUAUGGCAUCGCAUUUUCCUUUGGAUCCUAUGCUUGCCGUUAUGCUUAUCAGGUCUCCAAAAUUCCACUGUUCCGAGGAAAUUUUAACAAUCGUGGCAAUGCUUUCGGUGCCAAAUGUGUUUGUGAGACCAAGUGGUAAGAAUGCAAGAAGAGAAGCUGAUGAUGCAAAGAUGCAAUUUGCAAACCCGGAGGGAGAUCACCUCACUCUGCUAAAUGUCUUCCUGGAGUACAAGUCAUCAGGAGCUAAGGCACAUGGCCUCAGAAAAUGGUGUAAAGAUAACUAUCUCUCUUUCAGAUCAUUGAAAAGUGCAGACAAUGUGAGGAAACAGCUUUCCAGAAUCAUGGGCUCUUAUGAUCUAGAGUUUAACAGUAAUGAUUAUGGAAAUACCAUGGAUGAUACAGACAUCAGAAAGGCGCUUACCGCAGGAUUUUUCAUGCAAGUUGCAAAGAAAAAGAGCACAGGUAAAGGAUAUAUCACCGUUAAAGAUUCUCAGGAUGUUCUUUUACAUCCAUCCACUGUCUUACAUCGCCAGCCAGAAUGGGUUAUUUAUAACGAAUUUGUCUUAACAUCGAAAAAUUACAUUCGAACCGUUACAAGUGUUAAACCAGAGUGGCUUUUGGAGUUUGCUCCAAAAUACUAUGAUUUGGAGAAUUUCCAUGAGGAUGAUGUGAAAUUGAGUUUAGAAAGAGUAAAAGAGAGAUUGGAUCACGCGAAGAAGAACUGA